GAAGGAUGCGAUUGCUGCUGGCUGAAUAUUUGUAGAAACAAAGCAAUUGAGCUGGGAUUGAGUAAGGAAUUAUUGACUUGUUCAUUUGGGUGAAGAACUGACGAUUGCGGUGUGGAGGCCGUGAUCGACGUUGUUUUCUGUUGUUUGUGGCGGAGACUGAAAUCAGCCGACUCCCUCUUCAACUUCAACUUCACCGUCUUCUCUUCUUCCUGCUCUCACCUUCACGCUUGCAAUGGCAGCAAGCAAACUAAUCCUCUGCCUCAACGCAGGCUCCUCCUCCGUCAAAUUCGCCCUCUUCAAAUACGAACCCAGCACGCCUCUCCUGCUCGAAGGCGCAAUCAACGGUAUAACCGCCGACAAGCAGUUCCUCGACUUUAAAUCCUACACCCCAGACGGCAGCACGCUCGAGUCGAUCAAAAAACAAGAGAUCGAGACUCCCGACCAUGAAUCUGCGUUCAAGUACUUCAUGCACAGGUUGGAUUCGCAGCAAGGCGACAAGCGCAUGCUCGACUCCCUCGCCGACAUCUACGUCGCCUGCCACCGCGUCGUGCACGGCGGCGCGAACCCGCGCCCGCUCGUCAUCGACGACUCGGUCGACCACGAGCUCGAGAUGCUCUCCGAUCUCGCGCCGCUCCAUAACCAGCGCGCGCUCGACAUCGUGCACUCAUGUCGCGCGCAUCUCAAGUCGGCGAAAAACGUCGCCUUCUUUGAUUCCUCGUUCCACAUGUCCAUCCUCCCGCCGAUCUACACGUUUCCCAUCAGCCUCGACGUGCAGAAACGGCAUCAGCUGCGCAAAUACGGGUUUCACGGGCUAUCCUACGCGUUUAUUGCUUCCGAAUCAGCAAAGUUCCUCGGCGUCGACGGCAGCGACCUCAACGUGAUUGCGCUCCACCUCGGCUCGGGCGCGUCAGCAUGCGCAAUCGGCAGCGGGAAAUCGGUAAACACCUCGAUGGGCCUCACCCCACUCGAAGGCCUCCCGGGCGCCACCCGGUCAGGCUCGAUCGACCCGUCGCUGAUUUUCCACUACCACUCCAACUCGUCGCGCAUGUCGGCCUCGCUUUCGAAAGAGCUCAAACUGACGGUGGCAGAGGAGAUCCUCAACAAGGAGUCCGGCUGGAAAUCCCUCACCGGCACCACCGACUUUGGCGAGAUCACCGAGCGCGCGCUUGGCCAGGGCGACGAGGUGUGUAAGCUCGCGUUCGACAUGUUUGUCAACCGCGUGGCGAUGUACGUGGGCCAGUACUGGGUCGCGCUCAAGGGCGGCGCGAGCGCGCUCGUGUUUGCGGGCGGGAUUGGCGAGCGCGGGGCCGAGCUUAGGAAGGCGGUUGUGGACGAGGUAGCGUGUUUGGGGUUUGAGCUUGACGAGGAGAGGAAUAAGGCGGCGGCGGGGUCGGACGCGGUGGUGGUUGAGAUUUCGCCGGAGGGGGCGAGGUUGAAGGUGUUGAUUGUGCAUACGGAUGAGCAGAAGGAGAUGGCGAAGGAGGUGCUUGAUCAGGAUCUGUGAUGGUGAAUAGAGUCUACGUGUUUCUUAGAUGCUGAAGCAGGCUGUUAAAAGUAUCAGAGUAAAUUGUAUAAUUCAGAGUAAUUCGUGUAAUGAUCCAGUAACAUCAAAAGAGUUGAGUUGGAAGUGGCCGCCGCACCUCAGAUCAACCUCCCACUCAACCUUCUUCUCAUCUGCUCCCGUUCCAUCUUCACUUUGCUGUUCAUACAGACCAGCAGUCUUAUUUAGGAUUAAUUACUGUGCUGUUUAAUAAGACUGACAAUAAUAUUCUAUGAGCUUAGAUUUGAGAGUUCUUGGUACCUUCCGCUGACUCCUUGUCUGCCCGACUCCUUGUCUGCUUCCACUCCUU